UAUGGAUUUGAAGACUGCAUCCUCCUGCCUCCAGCACCAGCAGUUUCUCUGUUCUAUGAUCAGUGUGAUUCACAGGAAAUUCUUACAUAAUAAACGACAUGAACCAGGGGCGUGGAAAAUAUGACUUUUAUAUUGGUCUGGGAUUGGCUAUGAGCUCCAGCAUUUUCAUUGGAGGGAGUUUCAUUUUGAAAAAAAAAGGCCUUCUGCGACUUGCCAGAAAAGGCUCCAUGAGAGCAGGUCAAGGUGGCCAUGCAUAUCUUAAGGAAUGGUUGUGGUGGGCUGGACUGCUAUCAAUGGGAGCUGGUGAAGUGGCCAAUUUUGCUGCAUAUGCCUUUGCACCAGCCACCCUAGUGACUCCAUUAGGAGCGCUCAGCGUCCUAGUAAGUGCCAUUCUUUCUUCAUACUUCCUCAAUGAAAGACUUAAUCUCCAUGGGAAGAUUGGAUGUCUGCUGAGCAUUCUAGGAUCUACAGUUAUGGUUAUUCAUGCUCCAAAAGAAGAGGAGGUUGAGACUUUAAAUGAAAUGGCACACAAGCUAGGGGACCCAGGUUUUGUGGUCUUUGCAACACUUGUGGUCAUUGUGUCCUUGAUAUUAAUCUUUGUGGUGGGACCUCGCCAUGGACAGACAAACAUUCUUGUGUAUAUAACAAUCUGCUCUGUAAUUGGAGCAUUUUCAGUCUCCUGUGUUAAGGGCCUGGGCAUUGCUAUCAAAGAGCUGUUUGCUGGAAAGCCUGUGCUGCAACAUCCCUUGGCCUGGAUUCUGCUGCUGAGCCUUAUAGUCUGUGUGAGCACACAGAUUAAUUACCUGAAUAGGGCCCUUGAUAUAUUCAAUACUUCCAUAGUGACUCCAAUAUAUUACGUAUUCUUUACAACAUCAGUUUUAACUUGUUCAGCUAUUCUUUUUAAGGAGUGGCAAGAUAUGCCUGUUGAUGAUAUCAUCGGUACUUUGAGUGGCUUCUUUACAAUCAUUGUAGGAAUAUUUUUGUUGCAUGCCUUUAAAGACAUCAGCUUUAGUCUAGCAAAUCUGCCUGUGUCUUUUCGAAAAGAUGAAAAAGCAAUGAAUGGCAAUCUCUCUAAUAUGUAUGAAGUUCUUAAUACUGAAGAAAGCUUAACCUGUGGAAUUGAACAACACACUGGUGAAAAUGUCUCCCGAAGAAAUGGAAAUCUGACAGCUUUUUAAGAAAGUUGUAAUUAAAAGGUUAAUCUACAAUUGUGUUAUAAAGUGAACUUGAAUAUCAGAAUGUGUCUGAAAAA